UGAGAUUCUGAUCUGGGGGAUGCUCGUAGCAUCAGUACCACUCGUCUCUGCGGGAUGGAGACAAUGUAAUCGCUCUUUUGAAUGCAGAGGUGCCAACAGCAGUCUAUGCAGACAUGGCAGAGUGGGAGAGAGAUGGCAUCUGCUAACAUGCCUCCGUAGUCCGUGGCUCACUUUGGAAGCCAGACCCGAAAAAUGAUCAAAGAGAAGUCGAACCUCUGAAGUGAAUCUAAGGAAGUCAAGGCUCAAUCUAGCAGCAGGAAGAUCAGUGGAUGUGGAGAAGAAGACAGAUCAUUCAGGGCAGUGUGGUGUUUACUGAAGAGGUGGGCUUAAGUCACAUGAGUCCUGCUGCUGCUGAAGCUGUCCAAGCGGGGAUAUCAGGCUUUGAACCUUCAUCAAAGAAAACUGCUAAUCAGAUUAUCAGUUAGCAUUUGCAGCUGAAUCAUCACCUUGAAGUAAGAUGAAUCUUGAAAAGAUAGCUUGUAUGACAAUGAAGAAACACGACUUUAGAAGGAGAACCCCCAGAAUUCUCAGAUGCUGAAGCCCAUGUUCUUUGGUCUCACAAGCACUUAACUAAAAGAUGAUGAUGAUGAUGAUGAUGCUCAGUCCUUGAAUUUUUCCACCAAGACCCAGGACCCAGUUCCUUGCCGGCAUUUCAUGUGUCGAGUUAACUGGCCGCAGCGAGAUGCUGCCUCCUAUGAGAGGACCUCUCUGACGACAAGGAAGCCUUUUAUACUCCACUGCUCCGCACAGAAGUAAAUGCAGCAUAAUGCCUUCAAAGGUCUCGUGCUUAUAUGUUUUGACAGUUGUCUGCUGGGCCAGCGCUCUCUGGUACCUGAGUAUCAGCCGGCCAUCCUCUUCAUAUGUCAGCCAGGGCCCCAGCACUAAGAGCAGAGUCACCAAGAAAAACGUCACUUACAGCAACAUCCGCACUCGACCAUUGAAUCCGCAUUCCUUUGAAUUUCUCAUCAAUGAGCCUAAAAAAUGCGAAACCAAUCCACCAUUCCUGGUGAUCCUGAUCAGCACCACUCACAAGGAGUUUGAUGCGCGGCAAUCCAUUCGUGAGACUUGGGGGGACGAGAACAACUUUAAUGGAAUUAAGAUUGUCACUUUGUUUCUCCUGGGAAAAAACAUUGAUGCCGUCUUAAAUCAAAUGGUGGAACAAGAGAGCCAGAUCUUCCACGACAUUGUGGUGGAAGAUUUCAUUGACUCCUACCAUAACCUCACCCUCAAAACACUUAUGGGCAUGAGAUGGGUGGCCACUUUCUGCUCGAGGGCUAAAUACGUCAUGAAGACGGACAGUGACGUUUUUGUAAAUAUGGACAAUCUCAUCUACAAACUUCUAAAGCCAACAACCAAGCCAAGGAGACGGUACUUCACUGGCUAUGUCAUCAAUGGCGGACCUAUUAGGGAUGUACGUAGCAAAUGGUACAUGCCCAGAGAUUUGUACCCUGACAGUAAGUACCCGCCUUUCUGUUCAGGUACUGGAUACGUGUUUUCAGCGGACGUCGCUGAGCUCAUUUACAAAACUUCGCUUCACACGAGGCUUCUACACCUCGAGGAUGUCUACGUUGGCUUAUGCCUGCGAAAGCUGGGCAUCCACCCAUUCCAAAACAGUGGCUUUAACCACUGGAAAAUGGCUUACAGUCUCUGCAGAUAUCGAAGGGUGAUUACAGUGCAUCAGAUAUCGCCGGAGGAAAUGCACAGGAUCUGGAAUGACAUGUCAAGCAAGAAGCAUCUGCGAUGUUAGUGCUCCGUCCCAGAGUGUGCCUAAGACGGAAUUACCGAUUGCGCUUAUCAGCAACGACUAGUUCCAGAAAUCUGGAUGUCUGUACUGUUGUACAUCUGAAGCUUUCUGCACAUUGUUAAGUUGUAUUUUUGUUAAUAUUGUUAUUAUUUUUUUAAGACUAA